AUGGAAGAGAACAACAACAACAUCAACAAGAAGAAGCCAGACGCUGGCGAUGCGCUGGUGGCUCGGCGCUUAUGCCAGCGAGCGGUCCAUUUGAACCUUAAUGGUGGCAGUGCGGGCUGGAGGGCGACUGAUGAGUGGCUGGCCCCCUCGUUAUUACGCGGACGGACUGUGUGUAUCAACAGCAGUUUCAUGCUUGCAAGACACUCACUUCCAGGUGUAUCACCUGCGCCUGCAUCUCCCUCGGCUGCGAUCCAGUCCCCCGUUUGCUCUGCUGCUGGCACUGUGCGUCAAAGUACCGGCGUCGAGAAAUUAAAAUUCAAGGCCGCCAAAGCGAGCACCCGCGCUAGCCCCAGCCAGGCCUAG